GAGACGCCAAAGUAGGCCGCGGGACAAGUCACAGACCGUCGACUAUCGAUAUAAUUUAAAUAACAAUUUUCAUGUUCUAGACCAGUGGUCGCCAACCUCUUGAGCUACCUUGUUAAUUUUUAGAAUUUUUUGUGGAAUUUUUAAGCUUCACUGAUUUUGGCAGUUUGUAUUUUUAAAAUUAAAAUAGUUGUGAUAGCUACCAGGUUAGCGACCGCUGUUUUAGACAGUAAGCUCUAAAUGACAUGGCCUGCCCAUCUCAGUCUUUCCGACAAUAUUCUUUUGACGAUGUCUGGGUGAUUUUAUAUUUCUUCUAAUUCCCUGUUCGUUCUAAUGCGAUACUGUUGAGUGACAUCAUCUUUGCCUACUGUUUAUUAUUCCAAAAUUCAGAGAUUGAUGUUGCGUUCUUAUAAAAAUUAGUCAAUCAACUGUCAGUUGGGGGGUGACGCAUGCGCAAAACAUCCACUCCACGAAAAAUAUCACAGCCACCUGUGGUGCAUCAAUUUUUACCAUAUUAUCUUAUAGCUAUAUGAGUUAAAGUAAUGUUUGGUAAGUUGCCAGUGCUUGUUUUAAAUUCUGUGGAUUCCGUUUCACCGACCAAUGGCGGUGUCGCUAUUGUAUUGUAUUUGUGUUGUUUCGGGCUGACUUUUUUAAAGCCAGCUAUAUAUAACUAACCUCCAAAGAAAACCGAAAAAUGGCCCCAGUUACAAAAAUUAGGUAUGUAAAAAGAGUGCAGUACUAUUUCAAUAAGUUGCUAAACGAAAAUACGUCGUCGGCAAGUUUUAAAAUGUUUCUGAAUAAACCCGAACCGUUGAAACUUGGGGUGCCUCAUCGAGAUAUUUACCCACGGUGAGUCGGCCCGAUUCCAAACCAGGCCGACCGCGAUCCCGCGUUUAUCGAUCUUGCGUAUGACACGAAUUUUCGCGGAGAUUUUUUCGGGACGCCGUACCUCGCGCCACCGGGCACCUUGGCGGGCGAGCGACGACGCUUCCCAGUGCAUUUUCACGGCAGAUUCUCGGACGUCGUCAAAGAAGACGAUUUAAAAAACGAUUAAUCACACAACAUUCGACGGUAUGAUAUUCGGGCACGAGAAAGAACGCCGCAGCAGAUACAAUCGGCAACUGCAACCGUGGAGCGGCGCGGGUGCGAGUCCGUGCGUCGAGCAAGUCGCGGGCCCUCCGGUCCCGGCAAGGAUCGGCCAGUACUACCAGACGCCAAGGCUCCAUCCGUGGCGACCCGCCAUGGGCUACGAGACCGUCGAAGCGAUGGCCCUCCCGAGUCAAUACACGACCAACGCGCUCGUCGAUCCGUGCUACGCUCCCUACGGCAUGGCUACCGAGCCACUGAAAUUUCCGAAUCUGGUGACCGGGUUCGAGAGGAACCCCGCGCACGCGGCCAGGGCCGCCCUCUACACCCGCUACACCCCGUUGGAGUGGACGCACAGCAACCUGAGCCGCUACAAUGAGGCCGAUACGAACAGAAAUUUCUCGGAGCGGCUCAGGGGCGACUUUAUCCGAGUGAUGAGGGAAACGGACGAGAAAACGGCCCAGGGACAGCGCGAGUCGGGCCGCAGGUUAGGCGAACGCAUCACGGACACGACAUUUUGGCGCAACGAGGUACGCACCGAGCUCGAGCGUCUACUGACGGAGACCGGCCUGUUGCAAGACUCGAAACGAGCCCUAGAGAAAGCGAUCGACGACAUCGAGGGGCCGCUACACAUCGCCCAAGAGUGCCUUUACCACCGCGAGAAGCGUCACGGUAUAGAGCUCGUUCACGACGCGCCCGAACGCUCGCUCCUCAAGGAGGUCGAAACGUAUAGGAACGCCCGCGAACGCCUUAAAUGUCUCCACGGGAAGGUGACGGACCAGUUGCGAAACAACCGGGCGGCGCAGCACGAACUCGAGACGGACGCGAGCGGCAAGGAGUCCGCGCUUGGCAUCGACAAUGUCUGCCACCAGCUCAACAAUUACUCGAAAGGCAUCAACUACUACGGCGGCAUCGAGAAGUUCGACCCCACCGUGAGCACCGUGACGACGUGGGCGGAGCACAGCAGCCGUAACGUGCAGCGAUCGCAGGCGGAGCGCGGCAAGUCAGCCCAGAUGCGCUCCGACGUCGACAAUUUGAUAAAUUCGUGCGCGCAGGACGUGUGGGACGCGUGGAGCGACACAAAUAACGCCCUGGCGCGCCGCUCCGCCGAAACGCUCGAGACCAAGAGCAAACUGCAGAUGCACCUGCACAAGGUGCAGCAGGAACUGUUCGACCUCGAGAAGAAUAUCGAGCUGCUGAAGAAGGCGAUCGCGGACAAGAGCGACCCGAUGAAGGUGGCGCAGACCCGGCUCGAGGCGCGCACCCACCGCAAAGACAUCGAACUUUGCCGGGACGGCGCGCAAGACCGCCUCGUCCACGAGGUGAGGGACCUGCGCGACAGCGUCGAGUACCUGAACAAGAAGCUACUCGAGGCGGAGGCGCAGCAGCAGCAGCUUCUUAAGACCAGGGCCUCGCUGGAAGACGAUCUGCACAACAAGUGCAACUCGCUGUUCAUCGAUCGCGAAAAGUGCAUGGGCCUGCGUCGCUCGUUCCCAAUCACGGCCACCGUUAAGUAUUGAAUUAACCCACUCUGCCUUUACCUCGCCGCAC